CUGUGGGUUGACUUUUGAGCACUAACAUAUCCUUAUUAUUUCAUUCUAUAGAUUUGGCGUCAUGGAGAUCGAAGUCCAACUGCUUAUCUCAGAAAUUUAUCGGUUUCUAAGAAUUCUUGGGUAUUCGGAGGUGGUGGUUAUGGGGAACUGACUACGGUAGUUUAGCUUUAACAGUCAAUCAUUACAUUUUUUGUUUUUCAACAAAAAUUGCAGAUUGGAAUGAAUGAACAAUUUGAACUUGGCAAAAAGAUGAAACAACGUUAUAUCGAUCAUAAUUAUUUGAGCAAAUAUUAUGAUUCGAAAGAAGUUUUUAUUAGAUCAACAGACAAGAAUCGAACAUUGAUUUCGGCGAUGUCAAAUAUGUUGGGAAUGUUUUCCAGUACAGGAAGAACCGGUAUCUAUAGCUAAUUGUAGAUAUUACCAAAAUUUCAUAUUAUUUUAGGAAUUGAUAUUCCUGAUAAUCCAAAUUGGCCAAAAGGUUAUAUGCCAGUUCCAAUUCAUGCACCUUCAGAAUAUAGUGAUGAUUGUUUAUUGAAUAGUAUGUGUAAAUGUAAGAGAACCAACGAAUUAUUAGAACUUGCAAGAAAUGGGAAACAAUUCAAAACAUACAUCAAUAGACCAGAGGUACUAUUUUUCCAAUACUCCAAAUUUUCAGUCAGAAAUCUAAUUGUUCAGCACAUCCAGAGUUCCGAAUUUAUCGAGCUUUGAAACCCAUAGAAACUGAAACCUUUGUAGGUUUCGGUUUCAUACGGUUUCGGUUUCGUUUGCAAGGGUUUCGAAACCCUUGGCAAAGGGUUUCGGUUUCAUACCUCUAGGCUCGAAACCCUUGAACGAAACCUUUCGAAACCUUUUGAAACCUUAUGAAACCCAUUUUUGAAAUUGAAUCAGUGAAGCUGAACUUGAUGUAAAUUGUCUGAAAAUCGGUUUUUGAGUAGGGUAAAGCUUGAAUUUCAGCGUCUGCUAACAUUUUAAGCUUAAGCUUCAUCCCAGAAGCUGUUAUCAGUGAUUAUCAGUGAAAUUUCAAAAUUAUCAGAUUCAGCUGGGAUUUGGAGGAAAUGAUGUUUGGUGAUAGUAGAUGACAUUUUUGAUAAGUUUAGAGCUCCAGCUUCAUCUCAGAAGCUCUUAUCACUCCUUAUCACUAAAUUAUCAAUAUGCUCAGAUUGAGCUCAAACUUGCAGAAAAUGAUGUCUGGAGUUAGUAGAGAAUAUUUUUGAUAAGUUUAUACAUCAAGCUUCAUCUCAAAAGCUCUUAUCACCUGUUAUCACUAAAUUAUCAAUAUCAUCUGAUAAGGCCGAAAAUCGGCAUUUUUGGGUUUUCGAGUAUGGGGAAUCGUGUGCUGAUAAUCAUUUUGUCUGAAAACCACUUUUAAAGGACCCCAUCACUCAAAAAAAAAAUUUUUUGGAAAAAUUAUGUUUUGGGGUUUUUCGGUACGGGGAGUCAUGUGGGGUUGAUCAAUCGACUCAAAACUCGUUUUUAAAGGCAGUAAUCAUGAAAAAAUUAUUUUUUUUGAAAUUUGAAGAUUAGUGGUUUUUCGAUACGAGGAACAUCGUGGUGAGACCCGUUUGGCCUAAAAAUGACUUUUAAAGGCACAUUCUGACCAAAAAAUAUUUUUUUAUGGAAACUAGGUUUUUUGAUAUGCUGGACAUUGUGCCGACAUUGAUUUAGCUCAAAAACGAUUUUUAAAGGCAUAUAUCAGGUUAUAAUUUUUUUUUGAGUUUUUCACUAAAGAAGUUGAAAUAAAAACAAACGGUUUCGAAAUUAUCAGACAAUAUUGAAAAAUAAUUGAUUUGUGACCGUUUAUAAGAAAAAACUCAAAAAAAAAAUUAUAACCUGAUAUAUGCCUUUAAAAAUCGUUUUUGAGCUAAAUCAAUGUCGGCACAAUGUCCAGCAUAUCAAAAAACCUAGUUUCCAUAAAAAAAUAUUUUUUGGUCAGAAUGUGCCUUUAAAAGUCAUUUUUAGGCCAAACGGGUCUCACCACGAUGUUCCUCGUAUCGAAAAACCACUAAUCUUCAAAUUUCAAAAAAAAUAAUUUUUUCAUGAUUACUGCCUUUAAAAACGAGUUUUGAGUCGAUUGAUCAACCCCACAUGACUCCCCGUACCGAAAAACCCCAAAACAUAAUUUUUCCAAAAAAUUUUUUUUUUGAGUGAUGGGGUCCUUUAAAAGUGGUUUUCAGACAAAAUGAUUAUCAGCACACGAUUCCCCAUACUCGAAAACCCAAAAAUGCCGAUUUUCGGCCUUAUCAGAUGAUAUUGAUAAUUUAGUGAUAACAGGUGAUAAGAGCUUUUGAGAUGAAGCUUGAUGUAUAAACUUAUCAAAAAUAUUCUCUACUAACUCCAGACAUCAUUUUCUGCAAGUUUGAGCUCAAUCUGAGCAUAUUGAUAAUUUAGUGAUAAGGAGUGAUAAGAGCUUCUGAGAUGAAGCUGGAGCUCUAAACUUAUCAAAAAUGUCAUCUACUAUCACCAAACAUCAUUUCCUCCAAAUCCCAGCUGAAUCUGAUAAUUUUGAAAUUUCACUGAUAAUCACUGAUAACAGCUUCUGGGAUGAAGCUUAAGCUUAAAAUGUUAGCAGACGCUGAAAUUCAAGCUUUACCCUACUCAAAAACCGAUUUUCAGACAAUUUACAUCAAGUUCAGCUUCACUGAUUCAAUUUCAAAAAUGGGUUUCAUAAGGUUUCAAAAGGUUUCGAAAGGUUUCGUUCAAGGGUUUCGAGCCUAGAGGUAUGAAACCGAAACCCUUUGCCAAGGGUUUCGAAACCCUUGCAAACGAAACCGAAACCGUAUGAAACCCAAAGUUUCGCGAAACAUUGUUUCGGUUUCUAUAGGUUUCGAAACCUGGGUUUCGAAACUCGGAACUCUGAGCACAUCGAAGUUUGCGAGAAGUUAUCAAAAUUGACCGGUGUUAAAAUAAGUUGGAAAAACUUGAUUAUUCAGCUGAUUUGACAUUCGAAUUAUAUCUUGAUCCCAACUCGAAACCAGUUUUCAAAAUAUUUUACUUGAAAAAUCCAAUCGAUAAUGAAUUUGAAGAUGUCACAAAUCAAAUAAAGCAAUGCAAAAAAGUAGAAUAUUGUGAUUUGCAAGUUUUGUUGGAAAUUGCAAAUGAAUAUCAACCCGGAGAAAAUGGAUGUGAAAAUGAGGGAAGAGGAAAAACACGAAGACAUUUAUUUUCCGGAGUUGGAAGAAUCAAUGGAUUUUUAUGGAUAUUAGUAGUUUUGUAUGGCUUUUAUAUGUUUAUUUGA